AUGGGUCGCCUCAAUCGUGCGCUUUGCACCAGAUGGCAUCAUUUCUUCUCAUCUCAAACCUUCAUCGGAACUCUUCUCAAGAUGGGACAAGUCAACAUCGACGACAUGAUAAGCCGCCUUCUCAAUGUUGGAAUGGCCGCAGAACGUUUGACGACAUGCGUUUCGGAAGACGAGCUGAAAUCGUUGUGUUGCCUCGCAAAGAAUGUCUUUAUGUCUCAACCAUCACUUGUCGAAGUCGAGCCACCAAUUGUUGUUUGCGGCGAUAUCCACGGACAAUAUUCCGACCUCUUGCGCAUCUUUGAGAAGACCACCUUUCCACCUGAUGCCAAUUUCAUCUUCUUGGGCGACUAUGUCGAUCGCGGCCAACAGAAUAUCGAAACCAUCUCGCUCAUGUUUUGUUACAAGAUCAAGUAUCCCGAAAGCUUCUUCAUGCUUCGCGGCAAUCACGAGUGCUCGGAUAUCAAUCGUGUCUACGGUUUCUACGAGGAGUGCAACCGUCGCUAUAAGAGCCAGAGUCUGUGGCAAUGCUUCCAAGAUACGUUCGAUUGGAUGCCUCUUUGCGGUCUCAUCGCCACUCGCAUUCUCUGCAUGCACGGUGGACUCUCGCCACGGCUUCAGCAAAUCGAACAGCUUCGCAACUUGACUCGUCCUCAAGAACCACACAAUCCAUCAAUGGACUUUGAUCUUCUCUGGACUGAUCCCGACUACUGGGUUAAGGGCUGGCAGCCAAAUACCCGUGGAGCGUCGUAUGUUUUUGGGCAAGAUGUGGUGAUCGACUUCUGCGACCGGAUGGGCAUCGAUCUCGUCGCUCGUGCUCAUCAAGUCGUUCAAGACGGAUACGAAUUCUUCGCCAACCGGAAAAUGGUCACCAUCUUCUCUGCACCCCACUAUUGCGGACAAUUUGACAACUCAGCAGCCACCAUGAAGGUGAACGAGAAUCUCCAAUGCAGCUUCGAUGUGUACCGCCCAACUUCCAAGGUUGUGCGCAGCUUGCCUCCUCCUCAAGACCCACCCGGCACAUCAACAGACCUUGAUCUUCUCUUGGCUGAACAGGAA